CGCCCUCUCUCCCUACCACCCGUAAUGCUCUUGUCUCGGCCGUGGGCAAGGCGUGCUUGCUCCUCUCCACGCCGAGGAGUGUCGGCACGAGCUCUCGUUCCUCGAAAGCCGACGAUGUGUGUGAAGAAGUACUGGAUGCUCGCCUGGAUGCUGUGGCAGAUAUGGCUGCACUCCUUGUCCAGCUCUUGGCCCUCGAUUCCAUGCUCGGUGACGAGUACCUGGCCAACGGCGUCAUGGAGGCUCUCAUUCGCUUGUGUGAGGCCUAUCCCCAGGCCCGAUCCGCGGUCCUCGACGCCGGCGCUCUGCCUAUCCUCGCCCUGCUUGCCGGUGAGGGCCCGCAAUCGAUCGAGCGUCGUGCCCGCCAGUUGAGCGUGCUCGUUGUCGAGCCGCUGCCCGACAUCGAGCCGUCCGACACGGGCUCGGGCCACGAGUGGGCCGGCCUCCUCGCCACAGCCCACGUCAUGCGAUUUGUAUUCCGCCACGUGCCUCUCCACGAGAUCUGGAGUGCCCAGAACUGGAGCCCCGAAUCAAUGGCGGAGGUCGACGCCCCGCACACUAUUCCGGCCUUUGUUGAUGAGCAAGCCUCCCCGCCCACAGCCGCAAACCGCUGGCUCCGCCUCCCUGCCGGCUUUGUGGUCCACCUGCCAUCGUUUCUGCUCGCCGCUGCGGGCAAUUUUGGCUCCAACGCAAGUACAGACUCGGCAUCGGACAGCGGCUUGUCGGCUGGCGACGAGACCUCGGCGGCUCCGCCACUGGGCUCAAGCGAGGCUCUUGACGACGCCAUCAACCGGUCGGCCCGGGCCUCGGUGUACGCGCUCGAGCUCACGCUCGACGAUGCUGGCGAUGGCGGGCUGCUGAAUCCGCGCGGCGCGCGCCUGUGUGGGGCCAGCAAGCGGUUCUCGGUCGCCAACCUCGAGGCCAUGCUGAGCCAGGUCGAGGAGGCCGCGUCGGCGGUGACGGCCUCGCGCUCCGACGCCGCUAACCUCGGGACCAUCGGUGACUCGGGCUUGUUUGGCUCUUAUCUUCGCCACGUCAUCGACGACUCGCUGCACCCAUCCGAGCUGGAGGCGCUUGUGGAGCAGCUGACUGCGUGCCAGCUGGCGCCUGGUGCUGGGACCGGAUUCUUCAACCCGUCGUCGCUCACCUCGUCGUCGCUUGGCCUUGUCCACAUGCGCCACGGCGAGCGCCCGUUUGCACUCUCGUCGAGCACACCUGGGCGUCAGCUGGAUCUCCGGCUACUCAUCCCGUUUCGCGCCGCCCGUCACAAGCCACUGAGCCUUGUUGCGCCGGCCGAGUCUGACGAGCUCCUCAGCGAGCUGAGCGAGAGCUCUGGCUCGCCGCGGCGAAGCUCUGGCGCCUCGUCGCGGCGGAGCUCAGCAGGCGCCCGCGCUUGCGCUGUUCCCGAGGCCGCGCCGCGCUGGCUGCGUGUCGGCUCCGCGCCCGCGGUCAUCCUCGCGCGCAUUGUCCACGCCAACCCCUCGCUGGUCCUCAACCGCACCGUCCUCGAGCUGGGAUCCGGCUGCGGCCUCGUCUCGCUCGUUGCCGCGCACUGCCAGCCGGCGGCACUGGUUGCCACCACGCUUCCCGGCGCUCCGGCCGAGUGGCUCGACGUCAACCUGUAUCUUUCGCGACCGACCGAUGAAGUUGUAGCCUCACUCCCGCUCGCGUGGGACUCGAGCUCGUGGGCGACCGAGGCUGCUGCUUGGUCGUCGCCGUCGUCAGUCGCCGCCUUUGACCUCGUUCUCGCUGCCGAUCCCGUUUACGACGCCCAGACUGGCGCAGGCACGGCUGCUGUCCUCGCCUCACUCCUCACGCCUGGCGGUCUUGCGCUUGUUGUCCAUCCGCACCCGAGUACCCGCUACGGACUCGAGGUCUUUCACGCCGCGCUCGCGCGGACCUCGCAGCUCACCCACAUCGUCGCCGAGGUCCCGGCCUGGCUCAAAGCGGCUGUCGAGUGCGAGGACGAUCCGUACUUUGCCACUUGGGUCUGGCGGAGCCUCGACCCGUAG